CCCAAAAACCAAUUGAGCUAGAUAUUUUUCCGUUACUGACCUAAACCUCAAUUGACGUCGUCCAGGGUUAAACCUCAAGCAAGUAACGUUAAACCCUCAAACCGCCAAGCUUGUGUUUCCAUUUCCCCCAAUUUCAAUUUUCAGCCCCCAACCAAAAAAACCGAAACACAAAUGAAGGUUACCCAGAAAACUCAGAAUCAACCGCAGCAACAAAUUGACGACGAAGUUUUUGCAUCAUGCUCAUUCUCCAGCCUCGGCCUUCAACCUUCCUUAUGUGACCAACUAAAAGAGAGAUUAGGUUUCGAAGGUCCUACUCAAGUUCAAGCUCAAGCAAUUCCUGUUAUUUUAUCUGGGCGCCAUGUACUUGUUAAUGCUGUAACUGGGAGUGGCAAGACGGUUGCGUAUUUGGCUCCAAUUAUUCAUCACUUGCAGAAGUACGAGCCUCGAAUUCAGAGGACGGAUGGUACUUUUGCGUUGGUACUUGUACCAACGCAUGAGUUAUGCUUGCAGGUCUUGGAAACUCUACAAAAGCUGCUACACCGAUUUCAUUGGAUAGUUCCAGGGUACAUAAUGGGUGGUGAAAAUAGGUCAAAAGAAAAGGCGAGGUUGCGAAAAGGUAUAACUAUACUUGUUGCAACUCCUGGCCGUCUUUUGGAUCACUUAAAGAAUACAUCAUCUUUCUUGCAUACUAAUUUGCGCUGGUUAAUAUUUGAUGAAGCUGAUAGGAUAUUGGAAUUAGGAUAUGGUAAAGAAAUUGAAGAGAUACUUGAUUAUUUUGGCUCAAGGAAAAACAGGUCUAAUGGUCAAGAAAGUGGGAAGUCUAAUGUUUUUGAAUUUCAAAGGCAGAAUCUACUUUUAUCAGCUACCUUAAAUGAAAAGGUCAAUCAUCUUGCCAAAAUUAGUCUAGAAGAUCCAGUUAUGAUUGGUCUUGCUGAAAGGAAGCCCCACCAAAAUCCUUCUUCCGUGCAUUUUGGAUCUGAGGAUGAGGAGGAUGAGGCAGAAUGCAGCAAGAGAGUUAUAGAUUCCUCAAGUGGAGAUUACAACCUCCCAUCUCAACUUAUUCAGAGAUACGUCAAAGUGCCUUGUGGUUCACGGCUUGCAGUUCUACUUUCUAUUCUCAAGGAUCUUUUUGAAAGAGAAGCUGCCCAGAAGGUUGUUGUCUUCUUCUCGACUUGUGAUGCUGUGGAUUUCCACUACAAUCUUCUAAAGGAGUUUCAGUGGCCGCCUAACUCUGUGAAAGAAAACGAGGAGAAGCGGCUCUUUAUGAACUGCAAAACUUUCCGCUUACAUGGGAACAUGAAUAAUGAGGAGCGAAGGACUACAUUUCAUUCCUUUAAAACAGAAAAAUCUGCUCUUCUACUAUCUAGCGAUGUUGCUGCAAGAGGCUUGGACUUCCCUAAAGUUAGAUGUAUCAUACAGUAUGACUCUCCUGGAGACGCCACUGAAUAUGUUCAUAGGGUUGGUAGAACGGCUCGAUUGGGUCAGAAAGGAGAUUCGUUGUUAUUUCUACAGCCCAUCGAAAUGGAUUAUUUGCAAGAUUUGGAAAAACAUAAUGUAUCAUUAGCAGAAUAUCCACUAAAAAAGGUGUUGGAUAGCUUCCCAUUGUAUGGUCAAAAGCACCUUUCAAAGAGGCUUGUUUCAAUUGAGAUGCAUCCCUGGUUAGUCGGUCUACAGAAGGCUCUGGAGGCAUGUAUCUUUACAGAGUCAAAGCUGAGCAAGAUGGCGAAGUCUGCGUUUGUUUCUUGGAUCCGAGCGUACACAGCCCACAGAGGAGAGCUUAAACGGAUAUUUACGGUGAAGAAUCUCCAUCUGGGUCAUGUUGCUAAAAGUUUUGCCCUGAAAGAUCAGCCUUCUUUGGUGGGGAAGUCAGUACACCAGCAGUUGAAAAAGAGGAAAAAGAGUGAGCAGAAGCGGACAGGACAGUGGAAGAAGAGGAAGGUCACUGUUAAAACAUAAAUGCUAGGUGAAAGGACGGAAGGUAGCAAAUCUUCUUCAUCUUUUUGCUGACAACUCGGCAUAUAAUUUAGAUAUAUGGUGCUGCAUAAAGACAAUUAUGGGGCAUGUGAUAUGUUUGGUGAUUUGGUCAAGACCCAAGUGGUGAGAGGUUCGUUUUCUUUUAACUUAUCUUUCCCAAAUCAAAGCUUACUAGUUGGCCUUGAAAAUGAUUGAGCCAAGUUCCAAAGCUACUUUCGACCAUUUAGCCCUUCGGCCUCUUCCUUGAAAUUUUGUCCUUUGAUAACCUGGUGGUUCAUCUGUCAUUCGACCGAGAGAUUUAUGUACAUUAUUAUGUGAUUCUCUUGGUUUGAUAACCCUUCUUCAUCAACGCGAUAUUGAUAUUUCAUUUUUGAGCUAAUCUAGAAGUUUAUAGCACUUGUCAUAUGAUUGUAAUAUAUCUAAAUAUGCUUUCAAAUGUGAAAGGGACUACACAGACUAAGGGAGAAAGUCUUUAACCAUCAAGUUUUACUCUUCUAAUGAUGUGAUCAAUUUUGUUGAA